AUGUUGCUCAACAACCUGUGCCGUCGCGGAACCCCGUCGUUUUGCAAGCUUCGAUCCACCCAAGCCGUUAUCCGGGCACAGCCCAAACGGACCAUCAUCACUUGGUUGGAACAAGAUAACUGGGAAGACCCGAAAGGUCCGCUGGGCAUCAAUCGACCGAGUCCAAAGCUCGCUCCUCUCACACCCGAAAGCCCACAGUGGCUUCACGACCUGCACAAGAGGGGUUGGGCACUAGUCAAAGGAGCUGUACCGAAGCAAAGAGCUCUCACGUACGCUGAGAAGGGUGAGGAGUGGCUUGAAGGAUUCAAACUGGGAUACAAGCGUGAUGAUCCGUCGACGUGGAGGUCAACGAACAUUCCCCGACACCGUUAUGGGGGUCUUUUUGACCAUUUCUCAUUUGCCCACGCUCAGUUUGUCUGGGAUUGCAAGUCCGAACCCAACGUCCGCCAGAUAUUUGCAACGAUUUGGGGAACCGAUAAGCUCACCGUGUCCUUUGACGGGGGCACUUUGGCCUUUCCCACACCGGACGAGCCUGACCACGGCAGAGCACCUUGGCCGCACUCCGAUCAGAGCGCCUACCGCCCUCAUCCUCAUUGCAUUCAGGGGCUUCUGAACCUACUUCCCAACGGACCAGAAGAUGGCGGUCUGGCUGUCAUGGAUGGCUCAGCCCCGCUGUUUGAGCAGUACUUCAAAGAACAUACACCACCCGAAGGUGGUUGGAUCAAGCGCGAUCUUUUCAAUUGGGAUGACCAAACACUGAAGUGGUUCGAAGAGCGUGGAUGCCGGUGGUUGAAGCCUACUAUGGAUCCUGGGGACUUCAUUCUCUGGGACUCCCGCGCAGUCCAUUAUGGCGCCGCCCCUAUCAAUGACAACAAGCGCAUGGCUGUUUAUACCUGCUACAAGCCCAUUGAGUUUCUGUCUGAAGAACAGAGACAGCGCAAAGUGGAGGCUUUCAAGCGUGGCUAUAUGACUUCUCAUGAUCCCACCGACUUUGUUCUCAAAGAACAUCAGAUGGCGGAAUGGAACAUACUCCAUCCCUACGGUCCGCCGACUGUCAAUAAAACUACACAACAGGCUAUUGGAAUUAUCCCAUAUGAUUCCUAG